AUUUUAGUGAAGAAGAAAAAGAAAAUUUUUUAAUGUCAUUUUAAAUCUCUUACUCGUUAAUGCAAUUCAUGAUAUAACUGUGCAUCUCUGCAUACUUUUGUCUUAUGAACAAAAUUUUGUUGCUGUUACGGAAUUAAAAAAUUUACUGCUAUGAAUUAAAGGAAAACUAGGGAUGGCAGAUAAUGUGGCACAUAGGGUGUUUCUGGUUCCUGAAAAUGAGAUAGAAGGAAAGUUUUCUGUCAUUCGAUUAAAGCAUCCUAAGUCUGGGACUCCAGUUUUAUGUGCUUUAGAUUCUUCAAAUAAAUUAUAUGAAAUUGUUCACUUUAUGGAUGAAUUUUCAUCGUGGUUUGCUGGAAAUACAGUAAUUCAAGAUGGACGCCUUUUUAUUUUGACUGUUGUGGAUCCAUUAUUUUUUAUUCUGUCUUAUGUAAAUCAAGAUGGUAAAUUUUGUCCUUUGGAAGAUCUUCUUAUAGAUGCAGAUUUCCCAGAUAUGCAUUUUUUAUCAAAAUGCUGUAGUUCAGAGGAACUUUUAAAUAUAUUUGAUUCCAAAGAAGCUGCAGGAUAUAGAGUUUUAUGCUACAAUAACAUAAAAACGUUACAUUGGUUGCAGAAAAAAGUGGAAUAUUUAUCUUCUUCCUUAAAACAAAAACAGAUAAGCAUAAAUGAUGGUUCUAAAGCAGCUUGUUUACAAACAAAUGAUGACAAAGAGAACCCUGAAAUUCUACAAAGCUAUGCAUACCAUUUAAUAUCGGAUUACUUAUCAGAAGAACUUUCCAAAGAAUUAUUAAAAUCCUUAGGAUUACAAAUAAAGGAAGAUAAACCAAAAUCAGAAAAUGAUGCUCAAGGAGCCUCAAAAAAACAGAAUACAUGCACAUCCCCAACUGAUGAUUACAGCAAGAAGUAUUCCAUGAGUUCAGCACAAGAAAAACAGAAAACUAAGAUGUCUGCAGCUCAGAAACAGCUGAUGAAAGUAGACAAAAAAGGAAUGAAAACAAUUUCAUCAUUCUUUCAGAAAAAGUAGAUGUCAUCUUUAUGUAGAUAAUAAAAGUUAAUGUAUCAUGUAUAAUGGUUUAAAUUAU